AUGUCCUCCAAGAACGCAGGCCGUCAAUCUCCCCCACCGGAAAGCCAAUCCGGUGCUCAGCAGCGCGACCCCCCGUCCAGUGGAAAGAUCGGCGAUUCAUCUUCCCGGCCCGCACCGGAGUUCGCGCAGCAGCAAUCUGAUCAGUCGAAGGGUGAUGUUUUGACUAGUAACCCUGUGCAUCCGUUGGAGAAAAUUGAGGCGGACAAGUACAGGAAGGGAACGGGCAACUUCUCAUAG